AUGAUUAAAAAAUUACCAGAUCAAUUAAUAACAAAAAUAACAGCAGGUGAAGUUAUAACAUCAUAUUAUUCAGCAGUAAAAGAAUUAUUAGAAAAUGCACUUGAUGCUAACAGUACAUCAAUUACAAUACAAAUAGGUAAGAACACUCUCACACCAAAUAUUAGUAUUAGAGAUAAUGGAACCGGAAUAGACGAAUCUGAUUUAGAAUUACUUUGUGCAAACAAUUGUACCUCUAAAUGCACAACCACAAUAAAAAAUGUACACACUUAUGGAUUCAGGGGUGAAGCAUUACAUGCCAUAUCACUAGCAUGUCAACAAAUUAAAGUUAAUACAAUUAAGAGUAAUAAUAAUCUUGGAUUUAGUUGUAUUUAUAAAGACGGUGUUUUAAUUGAGAAAAAGUUAAUUCAAUUAAGCUUUAAUCAAGGCACUGAAAUAACAGUAGAGAAUUUAUUUCAUAACAAUUUUAUAAGAAAAAGUGAAUAUUUAACUAAGAAGAUGUAUAACAAAGUAAAUGAUUUAAUUAAAACAUAUACAGCUGUUAAUUUAAAUAUUUCAAUAAACAAUUCACAAUACAACAACCUUAAUGAGUCAGUGUCAGAUUUAUUUAAAUUAACAACAUACCAUCUUAUAGAUAAACCACAAUACAAAGUAAUUUAUUCUCACUAUAAUAUCAAUACUUUUUAUUUAACAGUAAAUAAUAGAAAAGUAAACAAUAAAGAAUUAAGAAAGUUACUAUUCAAGAAUCGAACCAAUACAUUCCUAUUUAUAUCAUUAUAUUCAAACGAGAUAGAUUUUAAUAUUCAUCCAUCAAAAGAUGAAGUUUUAAUAGAAAAUAAAGAAGUUUAUGAAAGUAUAAUUAAUGAAGUAAAUAAUUAUUUAAAUUUAAAUGUAAUAACAUCAAAUUCUAUAGAAACUAAUAGUUUAAAUUUAACAAAUAAAGAUAAAAUUAAACCUUUUAAUAAGCAAUAUAGUUCAUCUUUUAUUAAACAAUUAAAAUUAAGUAAUUCUUUUAAAGAUGAUGAUUUAAUAGAAAAUGAGUUAACUGAAAAUGAGUUAACUGAAAAUGAGUUAACUGAAAAUAAUUUAACUGAAAAAAAGUUUAUAGAAAAUGAUUUGAUAGAAAAAAAAUUAAUAGAAAAUGAUUUAACAACUAAUGAGUUAAUAGAAAAAACGUUAACUAAAAAUAAUUUAAUAGAAAAUAAUUUAAUAGAAAAAACGUUAUCAACUAAUAAUUUAAUAGAAAAAAAGUAUAAAUUAAAAUGUAAAUUAAAAGAAUUAAUUUAUAUAGGAACAUAUAAAUUAAAUAAUGAAACAUAUUCAAUAUGUGAAUUAAAUAAUUCAUUAAUAGAAUGUUAUCCAAUAAAUAAUUUAGAUAAGAAAUUAAUAGAAAUCAAAAGUAAUAUGAAUAGUGAAUUUAAAGAUCAAAUAAUCUAUUAUAGAAUAAUAAUUAAUAUGAAAGAAGUUUAUAAAAAAUUUAAAAGGAUUUAA